CUCGGGUUUCUGGCCCUAUCAUCCCUCCUGUGUCCACAGCAGUGCCUGCAUCGAAACCAGUGGCCAUAGCAGUGCCAGCUGUGAAAGUUGCUUCCCCUUCAGCACCUGUUUCUGACCCUGUAGUUCCUCCUGUGGCCCCAGCAAUGCCACCUGUAAAACCUCCUUCUAGCCCUGUGGCCCCACCUGCAACUAAACCAGUGGCACCUACAGGGCCACCUAUAAAACCUGCUUCACCUUCAGCACCUGCUUCUAGCCCUGUAGUCCCUCCUCGGGCCCCAGCAAUACCACCUGUAAAACCUGUUUCUAGCCCUAUGGCCCCGGCAGUGCCAGCAUCCAAACCAGUGGUGGCUUCUGCAGGGCCACCUGUGAAACCGGCUUCCCCUUCAGCACCUGUUUCUAACCCUGUAGUCCCUCCAGUGGCACCUACAGGGCCACCUAUAAAACCUGCUUCACCUUCAGCACCUGCUUCUGGCCCUGUGGCCCCGGCAGUGCCACCUGUGAAACCUGCUUCUGGCCCUUCAGCACCUGCCUCUGGUCCUGUGGUCCCUCUUGUGGCCCCAGCAGGGCCUGCUUCUGGCCCUGUGGCCCCAGCAGUGCCAACAUCUAAACCAGUGGUCCCUGCAGGGCCACCAGUGAAACCUGCUUCUGGCCCUUCAGAACCUGCCUCUGGCCCUGUGGCCCCUCUUGUGGCCCCAGCAGGGCCUGCUGUGAAACCCACUCCUGGUCCUGUGGCCCCCGCAGAGUCUGCAUCUAAACCAGUGGUCCCUGCAGGGCCACCAGUGAAACCUGCUUCUGGCCCUGUGGCCCCAGCAGCGCCACCUGUGAAACCUGCUUCUGGCCCUUCAGAACCUGCCUCUGGCCCUGUGGCCCCAGCAGGGCCUGCUUCUGGUCCUGUGGCUCCAGUAGUGCCACCUGUGAAACCCACUCCUGGUCCUGUGGCCCCCGCAGAGUCUGCAUCUAAACCAGUGGUCCCUGCAGGGCAACCUGUGAAACCUACUUCUGGCCCUGUAGGCCCAGCAGUGCCUCCAUUUAAACCUGUGGUGCCUGCAGUGCCUCAAGUGAAAUCUGCUGCCCCUUCAGAAUCUACUUCUGGUUCUGUAAUCCCAGCAGGGCCUACUCCUGCAUCUUUGUUACCUGCAGUGCCACUUGUGAAAUCUACUUCUCCUUCAGCACCUGUAACCCCAGCAGUACCUGCUUCCCAGCCUGUGACUCCUGGCUUGGCUCCUGCAGUGAAACCUCUUCCUCCUUCAUCUCCUGUUUCUGCCCCUGUGGCUCCAGCAGGACCCACUUCUGGCCCCGUACCCCCUCCUAUGACCGCAGCAGGGGCUGCAUCUAAACCAAUGCCCCCUGUGACGUCCACUUCUUGCUCUGUGGCUUCUGGUCCCAUGGCUCCUCUUUUGGGACCUAUCUCUGGUCUUGUGCUUCCUGAUUCCUGCCCAUUAGCUUCAGCAGUGCCUGUUCCUAUGGCCCCAGCAGGACUGGCUCCUAAAUCACUGACACCUGCAGUGCCACCCGUGAAAUCUACUUCUCCUUUGGCAUCUGCUUCAGGCCCUGUGGCCCCAGCAGGACCUUCUUCUUGUCCUGUAGCUUCUCCUUUAGUACCCAUUUCUGGACCUGCAAUCCCGACUGUAGUCCCAGCAGGGGUUGUUUCUGUGGCAUUGACUUCUGCCCCCAUAACUUCUCCUGGGGCCCCAUCAGUGCCUGCUUCUAGCCCUGUACCCUCUACAAUGUCCCCUAUGGUUGCUGUUUCUGGGUCUCUUCCUCCAGUAGCAUCUGUUAUCCCUCCUGGCACUUUGGCCAUGACUUCCCUAAUAGCUUCUCCGGUGUCAUCUGCUGCCCCAUCUCCUCCUGCUCCUCUUACUCUGGCAACCCCUGGCCCUAUCUCCGCCCCCAAAUCACCAGCUGUCCCUGUUGGCUCUGCUGCUUCAGUCUCCUCUGCCGGGGACGUGGUGCCUCCACAGAAAACAGCAUCUUUGCCUCUUGUGCCUGCUGAUCGCUCUGUUUCUGCCCCAGCUGCAAGCAGUCUCCCUGCUUCCCCUGCACCACCUCCUGCUUCCCCUGCACCACCUCCUGCUUCCCCUGUGAAAAAGCUAACUCCUAAGCCAUUGCCAGUUUCAUCUACAUCUGGCGUAGCAUCAGAAAUGCCACCCAAACCCCCCACCCCUGCCUCUGCUAUCAUUGAAGACGACGAGCUGCCACCUCUGAUCCCUCCAGAGGUGCCUGCUGGGGAGCCACCUCUGCAGCCAGUCCUGGUGGAUUUCUCUCCUAAACCCGCUGUGGCUCUUGCUGAGGUCCCAGCAACUGCUCCUCUUCCUCCUCUUCCUGCCAAACAGCCUGCCCUGAAGAAUGACAAGGGGUCUGGAACAGAAUCCGACAGUGAUGAAUCAGUGCCAGAACUUGAAGAACAAGACUCCACGCAGGCCACGACACAGCAGGCACAGCUUGCAGCAGCAGCUGAAAUAGAUGAAGAACCAGUUAGCAAAGCAAAACAGAGCAGGAGUGAAAAGAAAGCACGGAAGGCAAUGUCCAAGCUUGGCCUUCGUCAAGUCACAGGUGUAACCAGGGUUACUAUUCGGAAAUCCAAAAACAUCCUGUUUGUCAUCACCAAGCCAGAUGUAUACAAAAGUCCUGCAUCAGAUACCUAUAUAGUCUUUGGCGAAGCAAAGAUUGAAGAUCUGUCACAGCAAGCACAGCUGGCUGCUGCUGAGAAAUUCAAAGUGCAAGGAGAAGCCGUUUCAAACAUUCAGGAAAACACACAAACUCCCACUGUACAAGAGGAAAGCGAAGAGGAGGAGGUUGACGAGACUGGCGUUGAAGUAAAAGACAUCGAGUUAGUGAUGUCCCAAGCGAAUGUUUCCCGGGCAAAAGCCGUCCGUGCCCUGAAGAAUAACAGUAAUGAUAUCGUAAAUGCUAUAAUGGAAUUGACGAUGUAGCCAUCCAGAAAGGGGAGCUUUUUGGUGUUACAGAGGAGAGUAAAUAGCAGCUGAAUUGAAAAUUUGUACUAUUUCUAUCAAUUAAUAAAAGUUGUGGUUUAAAA